AUGGCAGAAGAGCUUGGAGCAGCAGCCAUCCCCACCCACCUGCCCGAGCUCUUCCUGGCCUUCGCCACCACCCUGCUCGCCCACCCCCCGCCGCCGCAGGAGCCGCAUCCCGUCGACGCCCACUGCAGCCUGUCCGCGGCGAUCACCAGCCUGUUCGGCUUCCUCUACGGCCUCGCGCCCUGCAACUUCCUCGCCUUCCUGCGCAGCCCCACGGAUGCCCUCCAGGCCUUCCGCCCCGACACUCCCGGGCCCGCCCUCGACGCCCUCCUCCAUCGCGCCGCACGCCUCCCGCUCGACACCCUCCACGCCCUCGUCCUCCCCAUCAUCGACCAGCACAGGCUCGCCCCACACAUCCUCCGCCCCGACCCCGCCGCCGAGCGCAAGGAACUCGCGCACAGACUCCGCCUCUGCGAGCCCGCCGAGAUCCUCGAGACCUGCCAGCGCACCCGCAUCCAAGCCCCCUGUCCAUCCCCGCCCAUCCCCAACCGGCUCCUGCGCACCCAGCUCCACGUCGAGCUCUAUCUGCGCUCGCAGCACCUGCAGCAGCUGGGCUCGGUGCACAAGCAGCACAUCGGCGGCGCGGGCCUGGAAGCCGAGAACCAGAACCUCCUGCGGAUGAACAAGGAGCUGCGCAAGAAGCUGGCCCUCAACCUCGGCGCCCGGCCCGACGCCCAGGCCGCCUCGGCCGCCGACCAGCGCAACAAGGCCGUCUACCACGCCCUCAUCAAGGCCCGCAACGCCAAGCUCAAGGAGGACAACCUCGCGCUCAUCAGCACCCGCGCCGCCCUGCGCGGUCAGCUCGCCGAGCAGGCCAAGGUCGUCGCCAUCCAGGCCGCCAACCUCGCCGCCGUCCAUGCCGAAGCGCACGAGCUGCGCAACAGACUCGCGCUCCAGGCGCCCCAGCUGCGCGUCCUGGCCGGCCUCGAGCUCCAGACCGCCCGGCUCGCCCGCGCCCUGCUCGUCUGGGACGACGACCUGCGCCGGAUCCGCGCCGCCGCCGGCCGCGUCGACGCGCUGCGGGCGUCCUGGAAGCAGGCCGCGUCCGCGGCGGCGAGUCUGGAGACCGAGGCCGCCCGGCUGCGCGCCGCCCUCCAGUCCCAGCAGACCCGCAUCGCCGCCCUCGAGGCCGCAAACGCCGCCCUCAGCGCCCGCGCCGCCGUCUCCCAAAGGCAAGCCGGACGAGACCCCGCCGUCGCCCGGCUGGCCGCCCUCGUCGACCGCUAUCGGGCCCUCAACGCGGCGCUUACCCGGCGCAUCACGGCGAUGCGCCAGCGCCGGGCCGGCGGAGGCAAGACGCCCGAGCAAGCGGCCCAGGUCGCUGCGGGGUUCUGGGGCCCGACGUGUGCUCGGUGGGGCAUUGGUGUGGCCUGGAGAGUCCGCCAAGCGGGGACACAACCUGGGUGCAUCCCCCUUGGCUGGGAGUGCGCAAGGAGCCCCGGCCCUUCCACGCCGGACCACGGCCGCCAGCCGCGGGAUGAGAAGCCUUGGAGGCCGGGCCAGACGGCCGCCCGGGGCACCACGAGGGCCGAGAACGGCGCGCCCAGAGAGCGGGCUCUCUCUGCCGCUCCUCGGUCCUCGCAGAACCUCUGCGUCCGCACGGCCGCACAGGGCCCAAACACGCCCUCCAUCACCCGUUACGGGCCAGAUGGGGUGUGCGCCUGGAUGCGAGACGCCGAGGGAGAGCGCCCCGUCCAGCGCCCGCUCCCGGCGCUGGGUGGCGCGGCGCCCGCCCGCCUGGCCCGCGCCCUUUGGCAAUCCCUCAGCACCGGGCCCGUUCCGCGCCGGCAGCGCACUUGUGGCUUUGGGGGGCUGAGCGGGCCUUUCCGGCCCCGACUGGCUUCAGGGCUUCCGGCGGCCGACGCCGGACAACAGAUACCAUCGGAUGGACAGGCUCGGCCGCCGACGACGCUAUCGCUAUCGCUCAGCACACGCACCUGGAGUAUGAUGAGUUCAGUGCAAGUUACAACUCAUCUGUAA